AUGGCGAAGGAGGAGUGCAAGGCGCUGCUGCGCGCUCAGCAAAGUGGCGGCCUGUACCGUCACUUGGUGCCGACCGUCGGGGGCACUUCUCGGACUCACAGAACCUGGCGAGGAGCUGCGGAAGACGCGGCAGAGAGGCGCAGGGCUGGCGUCGGCCUCACGGGCCAAGUGACGCUGCGGGACAAAGCGGUGGGCAAGGAGGACAAGGCGGAGCUGGAGCGGCUGUGGGUGCUCUUCUCGAGCUGCUUGGAGCUCCUGGAGGCCGACAUGCGGCGGGCGCUGGAGCUGGGCCAGGAGUUCCCGCUCAACGUGCCCAAGAAGCCCCUGGUCCAGACGGGGAUGAGUGGGGGCACCUCGGCCGUGGCCGCCCGCGCCAUGAGCGCCCAGAACAUGAAGUACGAGGCCGAGGCCAACAUCGACGUGGCCGACCUCAAGGACCUGGAGAACGAGAUCAACCAGGUCGGAGAGAUGCGCUACGACAUGGAGAUGAAGGUCAGUGUCCCGCAGUGGACCGUUGAAGCUAAGCAGGACCCCGGUGCAGAGCUCAAGUCCACUAUCAGCGUCGGAGCCUCCUCCAUCGGCAUGGCCUCCGUCGAGGAGGAGAACAAGGCCUUCUGCGACAUCAGCAAAGUCCUGGCCGGCAUCAUCUUCACCGCCGUCCUCCUGAUAGCCGUCAUCCUCGCCGUCUGCGUCGUCAAACUCUCCUGAGGCUGGACACAGGCCUAAGGCCACUUUGCACUGAGAAAAAAGGAAGAACAAGGCUGUCUUUUGCUCAGGUUACAAGGAAGGCUCUCACCGCGGGUGAGGCAUAUGGCCUCAUGGCCAAGCCACCUUUUUUGACAUAUUCUAGCUUUAAUGAAACGGCCUAUCUGAGGUACAGCUUUAUUUGAGGGAAAGGACACUUGUCUGUUUGCAGAGGGAGCUUCAGGGUUAAUGAAUGAGGGGUAUUACAACUACUGGCAGCAGCGACCUUAAUGUUGGUGUCACCCAGUGGUGUCUGCACCCCCCGCAGUCACUGGUUGCAUCCCCAUGUUGCUGAGAAAGGGAUCUGGCUUCCUGGCCCAACAACCUUUUUUGAGAUAUCCUAGCAUUAAAGAAACAACAUUUAAAGGUAUCUUUAAAGGUACAGCUUUUAUUUGAAGAAAAGGGAAAGGACACUUGUCUGUAUGUGGGGAUCCUUCAGGGUUAAUGAAAGAAGGGCAUUACAACUACCGGCAGUGGCAUACCUAGGGUUGGUGUCACCCGUUGCUGUCCGCACCCCCAAAUUACACCACUGUUUGGGUCCCCAUGUUGCCUGUUGCCCUGUGGUUUGUGAGUGAGUGGCUGCAGCGCAAGCAUUUAACCAUUGCGCCACCAGGGCUCCUUGUCUGUUUGUGGGGGACCAGUGGCAUCCCUAUUUCAAUACUCUUUCAGGACACCCCAAAUCUGCCACUCAAGUGGUGCCCUUAGGGUUGGCGUCAUCUUAAUUACAGUCAUAGACCAGCGCAGGGUUGGUAUCACCUGGUGCAGUAACUCAUGGUGUCACAACCAGCCCCUUCUCUAUUGACCUCCUCCUCCCAUACCACACAGAAUCCUCAGUCUUUUGGACUAAUGCAGUGGUUCCCAACCUUCCUAAUGCUGUGACCCUUUAAUACAGUUUCUCAUGUUGUGGUGACCCCCCAACCAUAACAUUAUUUUCAUUACUACAUGCAAAUAUGUGUUUUCCAGCGGUCUUAAGUGAUCCCUGUGAAAGGGUCAUUCGACCCCCAAAGGGGUCCCGACCCACAGGAUGGGAACCACUGGACUAAUGUUACUCAUAAAUUGUCAUUCCCGCACACCACUGAAUGCAAUCUUCCCCCUGAGCCUCAUCCCACUCAGAUCAUCUCUUCAGCAUUUUAAAGAAAUACAGGUGAAUGCCACAGCCCAUUUCUUCCCAAAUGCAGAUGUUUGAGGAACAGCUGUUUGAACCCCCCCCCCCUUUAGGUUGUCACCUGGCGCGGUGCGCACCUCCCCAGUGACGCCACUGCAGGGCCCUUCAGGGUUAAUGAAAGAGGGGUAUUACAACCACCAGCCAUAAUAGGGAUUUGGUUGCUAUUUGUAGAUGACUGUUCUAAGUAACUAGAAACAAAAUAGGGUUUAUGAAUAGCCUCUGAUGGUGGCCUGUGUUUAGAAACUGGUUACAAGUUUUGUGUAUCAUUAGGAGGUUGGAAUGGCUUACGGGAGAAAAUGGAGAGAUUUAGGAAUUACAUAGCAUUCCCUUCAAACCAAAGGGAUAUUGUGUCCUGGUUGAGCCAAGGAUUGGUUUUCUCCUUCUUAACCAUUUUCUUUCUUUCUUUAAAUCUCUGGAGUUAGGACUUGAAAGUCUUUUUCUAGAAUUAAAUCUUAUAGAGACCUGAACUUUUAAAGCGGGAGGGGAGUCUAAUUGCACUUUUUUGGCAAGUGUACAAUGUCAAAUGCAACCCAAAUCUACAGGAGAAAGAUUAAGCACCAUUUACAGUGGUCUUAAGAAGCCGUUCUCAAUUUAUGAUUGCAUAACAUAGGCCUGUUACAGACUGCCAAAAUAAAGCUGCUUUGGGUCUCUUUGGAGGUAUGCUGUUUAAAUGAUGCAUGCAUCCUAAGAAUCU